UCCACAAACACCAUCCAAUCCAAUCAGAAUUCACCACCUUCAGCUCCCUCUCUCUCUCUCUCCGCUGUUUUUUUUUUUUUUGGGCUCUAUGGAUCUCUGUUCAAAGAUUUUUGACAAAGAAGAGGAAAAAUGUUUACACUAGUUAGAUUCAUUCCUUGAAGCCUGCUAGUUUACUUUUUCUUCAUUCUCAUCGUCUUUUCCCUUUGCUUCUUUUCUUUUCUUUUCAAUUUUUUUUCUGCUUUGUUGCUCAUACAUCAAGGGAAAAGGGGAGAAAGCACAAAACUUUCCAACUUUUUCCUUCACAAAAACCCGAGUUUCCUCUCUGAAUUUUGAGUACAGCCAUCCCACACCCUCUUCUUUGCCCCUCCCUUUUUUUCUCACUUGAGUUUUUCCAUCUUCCAGCUUCUUCAUAGACUUGCCAUGUUUGUUGUACCAUCUUUCAGUUUAUUUACCUAAUUUGGACAUCAAGAGUUUGAAGCUAGGAAAACAACUUCCAGUUCAUCUCACUUAUACACUUAUCCUGUUUUCUGAAUUCUACAAAGCUCCUCAAAUAUAUAUAUACAUAUAUAUUUUCUGAAACGUUUGAAUUCUAUUACUAGCUGCUCUUUUUCUACUCCCAUAUUCUGGAAGGAAAUCGAGGUUGAGAUUUUCCUAAGAAUCCAAACCUUCAACAAGAUAGUUUAACUUCCGUUAAUAAUACCGUUUGGUGGAUUUUCAUAAUUUUCCAAUAUUUUGUUUUGAUUUUCCAAAAGUGGGUAUUCUUUAGAUUCCUCAGGGAGGUGGCUGUACCAGAAAAAAAAAAAAAAGUAUUCUGAUUCCCCACAAAUGCUUCUUGAUUUAACACUGAUAAUGCCAUAGUAAAAUCUCCACCUCUCUGCAUUUUCCCCUACUGGAUUCUCUCUUUAUCUUGUUCUGUCUCUCCUCUCCUCUGUUUCACUGCAUUCAGAUAUCUUAUCUAGCUGAAUCCCCGAUGCAGCGCGAUUGCAAAAUCUUGUGAAGUGUAAUCAAAUUUCCUAGCAAUUCCCACUUUUUUCAGUUUCUGAUGAAGUGGGAGAUGGAGAUUUUACCCCCAGCUUCUUAUCUUUCGAAUUCGGGUUGGUUGGUUGAGGAGAGCAAGUCCACAAAGUGGACUCCUGCGGAGAACAAGGCUUUUGAGAAUGCUCUUGCAGUGUUUGAUAAGGAUACCCCAGAUAGAUGGCAAAAGGUUGCAGCAGUGGUUCCAGGGAAAACUGUGAUGGAUGUGAUUAGGCAAUACAAGGAACUGGUAGAAGAUGUGAGUAACAUAGAAGCUGGGCUAAUUCCAAUUCCUGGUUAUGGUACCUCUCCUUUUACUUUGGAAUGGGGGAGCGGUCAUAACUUCGAUGGAUACAAGCAAUCUUUCAUCGCAACUGGGAAGAGAUCCUCAGCUACUAGGCCUUCAGAACAAGAGAGGAAGAAAGGUGUACCUUGGACGGAAGAAGAGCACAAGUUGUUUCUGAUGGGGCUUAAAAAAUACGGAAAAGGGGACUGGAGAAAUAUCUCAAGAAAUUUCGUGAUCACAAGAACACCAACUCAAGUGGCUAGCCAUGCACAAAAGUACUUUAUCAGGCAACUUUCUGGUGGGAAAGAUAAAAGAAGAGCAAGCAUUCAUGAUAUAACAACAGUUAACCUUAGCGACAAUCAGAUCCCUUCUCCGGACAGGAAAAAAUCGUCGUCACCGGACACUUCGAAUGUGAUUUCCCAGCAGCAGCCGAAUUCUACUGCGAUGCACAAAAUGGCUUUCCAGUGGAAUCAGGGGAAUAGUAAUGGAGCAGUCAUGAAUUUCAACAUGGGCCAUGGAAACAUAUUCAUGCCUCCCCACGGAGUAAACUCCUGUGAUCUUAAAAUGCAGGGUCAGGAUUUGCAAAGAGGUACAAAUGGCACUCAUUUUUUAGUUUCCUAGCAUCGUAAGCAAAAGGUCUGGAGCAUUUGUUGUUGUUGCUGCUGCUAGGGAUGCCAAUUCGAGUGCAAGUUUGAGGUUGAGCCAACGCAACUGAAAAGAAACGGCCAUUUCAUUCUUAAAUCCUAAUGGACGCUCGACUCAAAUACACUGGCCGGCCGAGUCACGGAGCACUUGACUUGGAGUCCACUGUAGAAAAGUUUCGAAGAAGCCAUUUGAUUUCAGCAGCCCGUUCUAACUCCUAUUAUUGAGUAUUUUGACUACAAAUUUCUUGGUUGACCGUGGUUGACCGUGGAGGCGGUAGGCCUCUACAGUAGUAGAAGAUGAGUCUGAAUCCCACUAAUUGAAGCAUCGUAUGCUUCCUUUUUUCUUUUUCUUGUAAAUAAAAUGUUUUGAGCUCUUUUAAAGCGA